UUCUCGGGGCCCUCGUCCUACCCAGGCGUCUACAACCAUCGCAGGGGUAUGUGCGUAAAGAAAAGACCUUACGUCACGUGACCGCCGCUUACUCCCAAAGCCAUCAUUUGAGGAAUAACGAUACACAUUUGUCUCACAAAGCGCCAGAGUCGUGUGUUUCCCCCAGUGUGUUUAACGCAGAUUAAUCCAUAGGAUGCUGUUUAAACGAACGGAGGGAUUCUAGCGACAUUCUCGGACUAAGCGGGAGUUUGGUUUUCAGUAGCUGCAGCUGAUAUUGAAGUCCGUGUGUCCGUGUUUGCAAGUGGAGGAAAAUACUGAGCAGUGAUCAUGGCAGAAAACAACUUCCCUCCCCUGCCUCGAUUCAUUCCCCUCAAGCCAUGCUUUUACCAAGACUUCAACGAGAUCCCAGACCAGCGUCGCACCAUGUGCAAGAGGCUCUACUACCUAUGGAUCUUGAACGCCGCCACACUGGCUGUUAAUCUGAUUGGCUGUCUGGCGUGGAUGUGUGGAGGUGGUGGAGCGACCAACUUUGGCAUGGCCAUCCUGUGGCUCAUCCUCUUCACCCCCUGCUCCUAUGUGUGCUGGUUCAGGCCCAUCUACAAGGCCUUCAAGACCGACAGCUCCUUCAACUUUAUGGCUUUCUUCUUCGUCUUCAUGGCCCAGGUGGUGAUCAGUAUUAUCCAGACUGUAGGCAUUCCAGGAUGGGGAGUGUGUGGCUGGCUGGCAACCAUCACCUUCUUCAGCACCAACGUUGGCUCAGCUGUGGUCAUGCUGAUUCCCACCAUCAUGUUUACUGCAGUGGCUGUGCUCUCCUUCAUCGCCCUCACAAAGGUUCAUAACUUCUAUCGUGGUAGUGGUGGCAGUCUGGGUAAGGCCCAGGAGGAGUGGGCCACCGGGGCCUGGAAGAACCCUCAUGUGCAGGAGGCAGCUCAGCAGGCGGCCAUGGGAGCUGCGCAGGGAGCCAUGCAGCAGAACCAGUACUCAGCAGCUCCCACCUACAACUACGACGACCCGAUGUAGGACAGAGGCGGGGGCCAGGCUGCCGAGUGGGAGAGAUAAAAAAGGGAUCAAUUAAGAACACAAUUCAGAAUUAGGUGCCCCUCAUUAUAAUACUGUACAAGCUGAAUUUGAACAGAACAAUGUAGAGGAAAGUCAUGUCUUUGGUGGAAAUGUACUUUUAUUGAAUUUUGACACACAUGGGAGUUAUAAUAAUAAUUUUAGUGAGUCCACAUUUAAAUCAACAGCCAGUUUUUUAAAAAUCUCUUAUGCUGCUUGAUUGUAGCUGGUCAAUGCGUGUGUUGCUUUUCAGUGGAGACACAUAAUAUAGCUGAAACCAAUCCCCUGAGCUUCAUCAGUUAAUUCAGGUUGUUUAAUCUGUGGUCGGCACAGGGUGACUUCUCUGCCUCUGCCUGUGUCACUCUUAAAAUGUGUUUUACUGACCUUUAAUGUGUUUUUAAGGUACUGUAACAGCUGUAUUGUUUAAUGUUUACUUUUCUUUAGCCUUGAAGUUAUAAGGUCACGAAACGCUAAACCUAUUUGCCCCUCAGUUUAUGUAUGUAGCGAAAACUUUACAGAACUAUUUCCUAUUAAAGAAAUGCUUAACAUUUUGGGAAAAUUUGCUGUCUUGUCGAGAGUGAGAUGAGAAAAUCAAUAUUACUCUCCUGUGUAUGAUAAAUAUGUAGCUGCUGUCAACAGCUGGUUAGCUUGCGUUAGCAAGAAGACUCUGUCCAGAGGUAACAAAGUGUACAGCUCAGACUGAUAAGAUAUAAAAUGUUAAGCAGUGAGUUUUAGAGGUGCUGACAGAUGGAUUUUGCUACAUUUGGACAGAGCCAAGCUCGAGCUAGCUGUUUCCCACCAUUUCCAGUCUUUGUGCUAAAGUAAGCUAGCAGGCUGCUGGCGGUAGCUCCUUAUUUACCGUACUGACAUGAGAGUGGCAUCGAUCUUCUCAUCUAAUUCUCAGCAGGAAAGCGAACAAUGGCAAACUAUUACUUUAAAUUAAACAUUUAGGGAUUAAUUAGGAACAUAUGAUCCUUUUAGUGUUGGCAAAGAAAUUCGUCAUCUUUGUCUUACUCUGUAAACUUUGUACUUUCUUGUUGAAAAAGAAACACUUUAACUUGGCCAAAAUCUCAACAAUGUAAUCAGAAUUUGAAAGUAUUCAUAGAUUAAAACUGGACAGGAAGAUAAAUAAAUGAUAUCAAAUGAUGAUUUGUCUGUAACAUCAUUAAAAUCAGACGUAGGACGUAGGAUUUAUGACAAAAUUUGUAAGGCAGGUAUUUUCCCAACUGCAUUUCUUAGAGUUGAAGCUUUUGACUCCCAGAGAAACCCUUUUACAGUUCACAUUUUGGUGGCCUGAUUGUUUGUUUUCUUUUCCUUAUGAUGAUGAUUCAGUUUAACUCAACAUUUUUUACAUUCUCAGGAAAGUUGUGAUAGCUUGUUUUAAAUUCUACCUGUAAAGCCCUUAAAGUGUCAACAUAUUGGGCUAUUGUCUCCUUUUAUCACCACUAUUUAACCAUUUGCGGUGUUUGGUUUUGUCGUUACAUCCUGGUUAUGUGUUGAACUGGUUGGUUUCAGUUCAGUGAAUUAAGUGAAGCACAUGCAGUAUUUAGGAUUGCUGUUCUUUGGAUAAAACAUUCCAAAUCGACAUUGUACAGGUUUAAAGUGACAGAAAACCAAAACAGUUGAAGGUAAGGCAUACAGUAAAUAUUAAUAAUCAUUGUUGUAGGUGGUCACAGCAUUGUAUGAAGUGAUGGAUGUUUUCUCCCUUUGACAAAUUCUUCCAUUAACCCCUACAUGUAAAUGCUUAAAUGGCUACUUGUUUCUGAAGCUCUGAUUUCAGGCCUUAGUGUGUCAUUUUGUGGCUGUUGGUGUUAUUCCAUGAGUAGGUGUAAUAUGAUAUUUAUAUAAAAGAAAAUAGAAUAUAAAAUUCAAGACAAUUAUUUCUUUACGAAGUGAAAUUGAAAGAGAGGAGAAUAUUUGUGUGUGGCCCUUCUCAGGCCUGAUGUGUUCAGUCAGAGCCAGUGUCACUUUGAUUUCAGUGAAAAGAUUUUUGCCUCGUGUCACUUCGACUCUUCAAGAUUCAAUAGAUGGUUCUUACAAUAAUACAGUAUUAGACUUGAAACAGAUGUGAAGAUACGUACCUGAAUGCUCGUUAUUUCAAAACCUGUGAGUCGUCUUGUCUGAUUGUGAUGAUGUGGUAUUGAAUAGGCUGUUUGUUUUUUUUUUCCUUUGUAGUUGUUUUCUUUUGUACCAACCUCAUUUUUUCCUGUGUAUUUUGGAUGAUGUGUGGGUGAGUGUGAAGCACAUGUUCGUUGUGUCUUUCCAUGGCUGUGGGCAACAGAUUUUGAUUUUUUUUUUUAUUUAUAAUUCUUUGAAAAUCUUAAGUAAUGUUUGCACUGGGUUACCUGAUGUCAGUGCAAACCUAAUUCACAGUGAAUCACAGUGGAGCAAUACUAACAUGAAUAUAUUAAACAGUAAAAUUAUUAGGAUCAAGUGGGGUCCUAUUGUGCAGGCUUCCAAUUUAGACAGAAAUAUUAAGAACCAUAACAUGAAGUGUUAUGAUUUGAAAAAUUGGGCCUGUUUUCAAUUUGGACAUCACUAGUUUAAUUUUACAACUGCAUUACAACAUUUUCACCAGCAGAUGCACAUACAGUAGUUAUGAAGUAUAACCCUGUAAACUGUACCAUUCACAUGAUCAUCUGUUGUUGUAAAUGCACAAAGUUUAGCUGAUCUGAUCUAUAAAUUAAGCAUAAAAUUGUGCACAAAGAUGGACAGAGAAGCUACUUUGGUCUGUGGCAGUAGUAAAUUUUCAUGCUGAGUUUUGGAUCAGUCCAAACUCUCUGGCAUAUGUACAUACAACACAUUUAAUGUGUCUAUGGAAAUUACAUCUGUAUAGUUAUGGUGUAGCAGGAACUUCACUGCACUGGACGGGUAACACUGCAUUUCAUAUCGCUGUAUCUAAGCUUCUGAAAGCCAUUUCCCAUUAACUUCCCCAUGUUCCCACAUGUGCUGUAUGUUGUUUGAUAUGUAUUAUCAUGUACUAUAUGAUAAGUAGAUAUAAAUAUAUAAUUACUUGAGGUGAGGUAAAUAUUUGCCAUGGAUAAACACAAUCAAUAAGAACAUGCUCUGAUUAGGUGAAUGAAAUGUCUGAGGAGGCUGUGUCUCCAUGAGUGAAGUAAAUGAGGAAUACAUUUUUGUGUAUUACUUUUGUAUUAUUUGGUCUUACCCUAAUAGAUAUUAAACAGUUCUUGUUGCA